AGUAUCGAUACUUGCGGUUGCCGUCUGCAAUUAUUGUUUUCAUCAAGUUAAUAAGUAAUAAAAACACAAUGGCUGCAAAUACUUUGCCCGAUGAACACUUUGAAGUUGCCGAUUUCGAUGAGGAUGCUGAUGAUGAGCAAAUGGUGUCCACCAAUUCGGGACGCAAGCGUCUCUUCAGCAAGGAGCUGCGCUGCAUGAUGUUUGGCUUUGGUGACGACAAGAAUCCGUAUACGGAAACAGUUGAUCUCCUGGAAGAUCUGGUCAUUGAGUACAUUGCAGAGACCACGCACCGAGCCAUGGAAAUCGGACGCACAGGGCGCGUCCAAGUGGAGGACAUAAUAUUUUUGGUGCGCAAGGAUCAGCGCAAAUAUGCCAGGGUCAAGGAUCUACUGACCAUGAACGAGGAGCUGAAGAAGGCUCGCAAGGCCUUCGACGAAAUUAAAUAUGUUGGCAACGAGGGGAAACUCAAGUGACGAAAGACCAAAAACCAUAGCACAAACUAGAAUUUACAUUUAGGAAUAAUAAUAACAAUUGUGGAGCAGCCGAAAUCUUAUUUAGAAAUUGUAUAGAGCUUUAGUGUAAGAUUAUUUUCUUGAAAUUAACUAUUAAAUUAUCGCAGAUUUUAGUCCUGAGUUGACUGUUCUUCAGAGUUUAGAAUGUAAUUUUAGAAAUUUUAAUAUAGAAGUCUUUUGUAUUCCUGAAAACAACCUUUAAACUAUCGCAGAUUUGACUCUUCAGCUGUUAGUUCUUUAGAAUAUAACAUUGAAAUUCAUUUGACAGCUUUAAUGUAAAAUACUUUGCUUGAAAAUAAAUUCUAAAUUAUUCUUUAACAA